AUGAAAACAUCAACCACUUCAAAUACAGGAGGUGACAGUCGAGCUUUGACUCGAGCUGAGAAAAUGAAUAUUUCCAAGGCGUUAUUCGUCCGUUUUUUGUUCUGUCUUCACAACUUUGUGGCGAUCUGGAGGACGAUAUCUGUGAUAGGUGAUCCUCUGUACUGGAUUUACUGUAGCGCCUACCUACUGGUCAUCGUGGAGACCGUCUAUUGUCUUAAAACCAGGAAAGGCAAGGAACACUCUUGGAUUUCCUUAUGUACGUUCGUAUUUACCAUAAUUAACGUACCCUGUAUUUGGCGACUUGAACUGGACAAGAUAAAUGGGACGCCGGACCGUAACAUUUCAACAGCCGAGGCACUGGACCUUCUGUACGGGGACGGUAUUUCCGCGAGCCUAACAGACGAGACAUGGGUUUUCACCAUUGAGCAGACGUUUCUUCUGCUUAUUAUCUUCGCUAGAUGGAUUUUACCUAAAGGCAGACUAACGAGAGACAAAUUAUCUCAGUUACUCUUCGUUUUCCUCAGCAAGGCGUCUGAUGUCACGGAUUUCUUUCAGUUGUUUGACGAAAAUCAGGUCAAGCGUGACGACGUAGUUGUAUAUUCUAUCCUCAGUAUCUGGACUCUCAGUGUUCUUCAGUUCAGUCUGGUAUUGACGGAGACGAAGGACAAUCCGACCGGAAGUGACGAAAAUCGGAUCAAAACCGGGAUGAUGAAUACCUGUCUGGAAACUGACGUUUGGAGUAACAUUGUCUCUCUGGUAAUGGAGGAAAUACCGUUUUUUGUAGUGAGGAUGUACGCUAUAGCAACGUACAACCUUGUGACCUAUAGUAUCAUCUUCUUUGCUGCCAAGAACAUGUUGAUGAUCACCAUGCUAGCGUAUCGACUUUUCAGCGUCUUCAAUGACGUCCGAGAGACCCGGGCACUGAAAAUAAACAGCGUAUCUCCAACACCUAAUCGUACAUCCAGUCUGAAAACCGAGGGUCCAUCAGAAAGUGUUGUAAAGCGAGACGCAUUUGUGGAUACAAGAAAUGACCAAAACCAAGGGAAUGACGUAGUGUAUGUGUCUAGAAAUCGGGCAAAGAGGCGUCCGGAAACUUUUGUCGUAGGCAUUGACGAUUACAUCAAUUCAUAA